UUUAACUUGAUGUCUCUUGGAGUAGAUUUUGAACAGUACUAAUUUGAUAGAAGGCUUAAAGAAUUAUAAGAUAAAGUCACUACUUUAAAUCAUAGAGCUCCUUAAGUUGAUAAUUUUAAAUAAAUGUCCAUACGAGAACCUUCAUACUUAAACAAUUAAAUAUACUUUAAUCCUCUCAAUUAACCUCUUUAAUCACCUUAUCAAUAUGUACCCUAUAUGCAGAACUUUAAUCCUUAUUAAUAAUAAGUUUUUGAUUAAAAAAACGAACUAAAGAAAAAAGAAGAAAAAGAAGAAAAAUAAAGGAAAAAAAAUGAAUAAAGACAAUUAGAAUUAUAGAAAUUAGAGGAAUAAUUACUUAAAAAAUAAGAAAUAAUGAUAUCAAAUAUGAAGAAAGAUAUUUUAGAUUAUAUUGAUCCCUACAUAUAUGGAUAAUAUCAUAAUUACUAUAAUUAUUCUUAAUAACCAUAAAAUUAGUUAUAGCAAUCUAAUUAAAACAUGCCAAUCUAAUAUUAAAAUUAACUUCCAAUAUAUUCAUAGAAUCCACCUCCUAUAACAUUCUAGCCAUCCUAAUACAUGUAACAAUAUAAUAAUUCAUUUGUUUCAUAAAGUAUGACAGGAAUACCCUAAUAAUUUAACAAUUCAUAGUUUUCUAAAAUUGGGUAAUAAUCUAUGCAAAAAAUAGAUAGUUUAUUAACAGGAAUAUGA